AUGGCCCCCAUCGAUCCUAAGAAGGCCGCCGCGCCUAAGGAGGCCCCGCCUACCCUUGAGGAUAACAGUGACAUCAUCGACGCAUCGACAUUUGAACAGAUCCUGGAGAUGGACGAUGAUGACGACCGUGAUUUCAGCCAGGGUAUUGUCUACGGUUUCUUUGAGCAGGCUGAACAGACAUUUAAGAAAAUGGAGAAGGCUAUCGAGGACAAGGAUCUGUCGGAACUUUCAUCUCUUGGUCACUUUUUGAAGGGAUCAUCGGCCACUUUGGGUCUCACCAACGUCAAGGAUGGAUGUGAAAAGAUUCAGCACUUUGGAGCUGGGAAGGACGAGACGGGCACAACAGAUCAGCCCGAUGAUAAGAUUUCUCUCGACAACAUCGACAAGACCGUGAAAGAAGUUAAGGUCGCAUACGCCAAGGUAGAGCGAUUCCUGCGCCGAUACUACGGCGAACAACUUCCAGCCGAGGAAGAAAAGGACGACAAAGAGGCCGAGAAGGCCGAGAAGGAAGAGAAGGAAGAGAAGGAAGAGAAGGAAGAGAAGGUCGAGAAGAAGGACGAAAAGACCACCGAGAAGAAAGAUGAGAAGAAGGAAGAUACCAAGGAAGAAGAGCCUAAGAAAAAAUAA